CCACCUCCGCAGGUCCCGAUCACGCUCGGUGUCUUCCUCAACUCCUACUACGACGUGAAGUUCAGCGUCCUGGGCAUGGUGUUCGCCACCUUGGGCGUCCUGGUGACCUCCCUCUACCAAGUGUGGGUAGGUGCUAAGCAGCAUGAGUUGCAGGUAAACUCUAUGCAGUUGCUGUACUAUCAGGCACCAAUGUCCUCAGCCAUGUUGUUGUUCAUCAUACCCUUCUUCGAGCCAGUCUUUGGAGAAGGGGGAAUAUUUGGGCCCUGGACACUUUCUGCUGUGAUAAUGGUACUGCUGUCUGGAAUAAUAGCCUUCAUGGUAAACUUGUCCAUUUACUGGAUCAUUGGAAAUACAUCACCUGUCACGUACAACAUGUUUGGACAUUUCAAGUUCUGCAUCACCCUCCUGGGAGGAUGCCUCUUAUUUAAGGAUCCGCUGUCCAUUAAUCAAGGCCUUGGGAUUCUGUGCACAUUGUUCGGCAUUUUAGCUUACACUCACUUCAAGCUUAACGAGCAAGAAAACAGUAAGAGUAAAUUGGUCCAGCGUCCAUAAAGCGAGAGUUUCUGAACACUGUUGUGAAGGAAAACAGUCUUUAAAUGUGCAUUGAUUCUAGAAUGCACAAAAUUGCCUCAUUCAU